AUUAUGUGCGCGAUCGCCGCAAUUUCCUUUUCGUAAGGCAAAGUUUAAGCAUGAUACUUACCUGCUAAUUUCCUUUUACCUUUUCCUUUUUUCCUUCGAUAAUUUUCGAAAAUAUGGCUGAAAGUGAAAAAACUUGCGCGGAAUGUAACGAACCCGCUGAAUUAAUGUGUUCUGCCUGUAAAUUAGUGUCAUAUUGCAGUAAAGAACAUCAAAAAGAACAUUGGAAAACUCAUAAAUCACUUUGUAAACCUUUUGAGAUCCAAACGACCUCAGACAAAGGGAAAUGCUUAGUGGCCACAAGAGACUUGUCUCCAAACGAUCAAAUUAUUUGCGAUUAUCCGAUAGUUUUCGGACCACGUCCCCAUGUGGUGGAAGAAGGUCCCGUUCCAUGUCCCGGAUGCUGCAGAUUAAUAAUUGCUGAAUCGGCACCAAGAUGUGAAGGUUGCGACUGGCCAGUGUGUAACCCAAAUUGUCCAGGAUUAAAGGACGUAAACAAACACGCUCACGAAUGUUACAUUUUAGGUUUAAGGCCGACAAAAGCACAAAAGAAUUUGCACAACUUUUAUCGGCAAGAUGCUUUGCUGACUCUUCGAAUUUUACUCUUUCAAAAAAGGAACCAAAAGAAAUGGCAACAGAUAUUGGAAAUGGAAUCCCACAUGGAUAAGAGAGGAGAGGGUACCGAUACGUACAAACAUGUCCAAGAAAGGAUAGUAAAAUAUAUACAAGAAAACUUCGUCACACCGUUGAGAGAUAUCGGAAAACAAACGGGACAAGAACUUUUACUGGACGAUUCGGACGAGACAAUUCAAAAGAUUUGUGGAAUAAUAGACGUAAAUUCGAUGGAAAUAAAUCAAGAUGCGGAACUUUCAGCUCUGUAUCCCACCGCGUAUUUAAUGGAGCACAGUUGCAUCUGUAACACUUACCACGUCUUCGACGACGAAGACCAGAACUACAAGAUAACAGUUAGGGCAGCUUUACCGAUCAAGAAGGGGGACCACAUAACGACCAUGUACACUCAUGCCCUUUGGGGAACCCAAGCAAGGAGGGAACAUCUCAUGGAAACGAAAUAUUUUGAGUGCUCCUGUCCCAGAUGCAGCGAUCCAACAGAAUUGGGAACGUACCUUAGUGCCUUAAGAUGCUUAGGAACAGAAAAUGAACCCUGUGGAGGAACACAACUUCCAAUUGACCCCCUCGACUAUAAAACGGAAUGGGCUUGUGAUAAAUGUAAAGUGAAAGUUAAUAAUGCCGAGGUGGCAAUGUUGGUCAACCAAAUUGGAGAAGAAGUCGACCAGAUUCAGUUGAGCAAACCGACGGUCAAAGAAUUGAACGAAAUGCUUAAAAAAGUUUUAACAUUCUUACAUCCCCAUCAUUAUCACGUUUAUUCUUUGAAACACUCUUUGGUGCAGUUGUACGGGUAUCAGCAGGGAUACAUGCCGAACCAAAUAAGUGACGAACUUCUCCUCGAAAAGGCCGAAAUGUGCCGGGACUUGUUGGAGACAACCAGGAAGAUCGAUCCAGGAAAUUCUAGACUUUGCUUGUAUACAGCAGUUCUGCUCCACGAGUUGCAUUUGGCGAAUGUUUAUUAUAUAAAGCGGAAGUGGCAUACAGAAGACAAAGAAGUUUUGGCCAGGUUGUUUCGCGAGGCGAAAAGAUCGCUCGAGGACGCGAAAAAAGUUCUGGAACACGAAACGACUUGCGCUGCCGGGGAAAAACUUCGGCACUUGGUGGAAAGUUCGGAGAAAGACGCCAACAAAUGGAUCAAUAAUCAUUCAGAAGAAGUCAACGAAUUAUUGGAACAAAUAAAAGAAUCAUUGAACGUUUAAAAACACAAUUUAAUUAUGUAUGUAUUAUUAAUUGCUUACUACAUUUAUAACUAUGAAUAAAGGCGUACGUUUAGAAUUAUUGGUUUGUACAGAGCGUUUUGAAAAUGAUGUUCAAUUGAUAAAUAAAUGAUUUUCAUUUCCAACUACAUAGGUACAUACCUAGCUGGAACGGUCUAGUAUUUGAACUGAAGACCCUAUGUUGAUGAUGAAAGAACAAUUGGACAACAAAAUUGAUAAAUACAAUCCACCAACAACUACGCAGCGACACACGUUAUUGUACAAUAUACUCGAAUAUUUGGAUAAAUUCUGCGACAAAUUGGUGAAGACUUCCCCAGCCCGUAGGUGAACUAAUGAUCUCCUGAUUAAGGUCUAAAGGCCGUUGUCGGUUGGAGUUGCUUCCAAACGUUUCACUAGCAUGAGUGGCGGGCUUCUUCAGAGAUCGUUCCAUCUCCGAUGCUGGAUGUGAACUCUAAUCUACGACGGCCUUUAGACCCGAAUUAGGACAGCAUUAGUUUAGUUCUACAUUUUGGAUUAUCGUUAUGUGUAAACCAAACACAAAAAAGAGAGAGAGAUCUGAGAUCUGGUCACAUAUUUAUGUUUGCAUCUUCCUUCUAGUGAGACCCACCCAAAGUUGAACGUUAUCAAUGAUACACGUAAGUCCAUCUGCUGAUGGUGUAACCAUUGCUGGGUGGUUUAUCUACUAUGCCUUGUAGUCCAAAACGCUAUGUAUUGAUCAUCGAUCGAUAAAACAAAUUUGUACACUGGUAGAUAUGUAGAUAUUAUAUUUUUUCAAUAG